GAAAGUGUCAGCUAGCUACAAAAUACGGGGGUAUGCAAGCAAACUUUGCACUACGUGUAUUUAUUUAAAGGUCAUUCUGUUCGAUUUUUUAAAGUUAUAUAUUAUUCUUUUUUUAUUCAUUUUCUGCGGGAAAAAUGAUCUCGGCUAUAGGAACAUUGUUCGCUGAAAAUUCACUAGAAUCAGAUGUGAUAUUGGAAAAAGUGAUUGAGCUCGGAAGCGACUAUCUACGUGGAGGAUGGGCGCUUGUGGAGAAGAGUGAGGUCACAGUGACACAGAUAACCGGUGGCCAAUCCAACAUUCUCUACUUGGCAACCUCAGCUUCUACCAAAUUAUCUCCGGAUACCCCUUCCUGCUUCCUCAUCAGAAUUCAUCGUCAGGCUCCAUCCCAAGUGUUCACAGAGACAGUGGUGUUCUCGGUUUUGUCUGAACGUGGUCUAGGCCCUAAGCUCUAUGGAUUCUUCCCUGGAGGUCGCCUCGAAGAGUUCUUGCCAAGCAGAACGCUUGACGUCGAUUCUAUUAAACUUCCAGAAAUUGCCCGACAAGUUGGCUCACUCUACCCGAAAUACCAUGAUAUUGAAGUUCCGAUCUCAAAAAGCGCUGGAGCCCUCAAGUUUAUCAAGGAGAACUUGGAAGGAUACAAAGCACUCGGCGGAAAAGUUCUCAAAAUGUGCCCACACUCUGUGAAGUAUGAUAGCAUGCCGAGUGAGCUCACCGUGGAGCAAAUCGAACAGGAAAUUGCUACUUUUGAGAGAUGGUGCAAAGUUUUCGAUGAGACGAUUGUUUUCAGUCAUAACGAUUUGGCGCCACUGAACGUUCUCGAGCUGAACGACACCAAGGAAAUUGUGUUUAUAGAUUUUGAGUAUUCUUCUUACAAUUGGAGAGGUUUUGACUUGUGCAUGUUCCUAUGCGAAAACGCCUUUGACUAUCGGGAUCCAACUCCGCCAGGUCUCGUCAUUGAUCAGGAUUAUAUGGAAAAUCAUCCGAACCUCCAGAUCUUUUGUGAAGCAUACAUUGAUACGCAGUACAAGAUGAAAACCGCUAACCCGAAGCAAAAAUUCCCACUGACUGAAGGGCGUGCCGCUGAAGUGGAGUCUCUCAUGUUGGAGUGCAAAUUUUUCAUUCCACUGGUCAAUAUGUUCUGGGCAGUAUGGUCACUUAGGCAACAUUUGGCAAAAUACGAAAUCGGGAUGGAUUUGGAUGUUAUCGCCAGUGACCGCUUUUCCAUGUACUUCCACUUGAAAGAGCAGUCGAGAGCUAUUUAUGAGCAGUUCAAGAAAUAAAACGUUGCUAAUUCAUUCAUCUCAUUUUAGAUCUUCCCAUCAUUCCUGUUUGAAUUUUUUCUAAUUUUUGAUUUCUGAAUAAAUUUAUUUUUAAAAUUUC